AUGUCAGGAAUCGCAUCAUCACCACUUCCUUCAUCCCCAGGGUUGGGAGUGAACAGCUCGAAUAUUUUGAGCGACUUGAACAGCUCACAGAUGCCACAGGCAGGGUCGUCAUCGAUGCAAGAGCAUUCGCAAACAACACUUUUUGGAAACUCACAGGCAGCCCAAGGAGAGCCUCAAAGAGCAGAAGAUGAGAUGGAAACAGAUGAAGAGCCACCACCACAUGUUCUCAGACGGCGGAAGGACUUGAGUUCGAUCCCCAGGGUGGUGGAUCUGACCGCGGAGAAGGUGCGGGAGGCGUUUGAGCAGUUCCUCGAGGAGUAUGAGGUGGGAGGAGAGGAGGAAGGAAAAGAGAGAGAAAAAGAGGCAGAAGGGGAAGGAGAGCCGGCAGAAAGCACAAAACCGCACAAGGUGUACCUUGAGCAGAUAUCAGUGAUGGCCAUGUACGACCUGUCGACGCUGUACGUGGACUACAAGCAGCUCCUCACGCGGGAAAACGGGAUUUUGGCAAGUGCGAUCGCAGACCAGUACUACCGGUUCUUGCCGUACUUGGAGGCCGGUUUGCGGCAUGUAAUCAAGCGGCACGAGCCCGGGAUGUUGAGCCGGAGGGCCCCGGUGGCCGACGGGGAGGCGGAGGCUGCUGCCAGCGGCACAAGAGUGUUCCAAAUCUCGUUUUACGGCCUACCCGCAGUGCAUCGACUCCGGGAGCUGCGUGCAGAGAAAAUCGGGGCUCUACUUUCAGUAUCGGGCACGGUGACCCGAACCAGCGAGGUGAGGCCCGAGUUGUACCGUGGUACGUUCAGCUGUGACGUGUGCAAGACUCAGGUGGAGAAUGUGGAGCAAACUUUCAGAUACACGGAGCCCACAUCGUGUCCGAAUCCAAACUGUGACAACCAGAUCUUGUGGACGUUGAACGUGGCGCAGUCGGUGUUUGUUGACUGGCAAAAAGUGCGUGUGCAGGAGAGUUCAGGUGAGAUUCCGACCGGGUCGAUGCCGCGGACGAUCGACGUGAUUCUCCGGGGCGACCUCGUCGAUCGGGCAAAACCGGGGGACAGGUGUCUUUUCACGGGGACGGAGAUAGUGGUGCCGGAUGUUUCGCAGCUGGGUCUCCCCGGGGUGAAGCCGGCCAGCAUCCGGGCCCGGGGGUUCGGAAUUGCGGCGGAGUCCGGUGCCGCCGGGGUGACGGGGCUCCGGUCGCUCGGGGCCCGCGAGCUCACGUACCGCAUAGCGUUUCUGGGCUGCCACGUGUGCCCGGUGGGUCUUACCGAGGCGCCCGGUGGCGCUACCGGGGCCGGCGGAGCUGGUGCCGCAGGGGGACUCCCCGGUGGGGUGCCCGGUGGGAUGCCCGGGGACACCAUGCUCGCCCCAGAGCACGGAAUCUCCAGGGAGGACAACGAGAGGCAGCAGGAGGCAUUCUUGAACACGCUCACGGAGGAGGAGGUCAACGAGCUCAAGGAAAUGGUCGGUGACGACCACAUCUACUCGAAGCUGGUCGCGUCGAUCGCCCCGUCGAUUUUCGGCCACGAGAUCAUCAAGAAAGGUCUGCUUCUCCAGCAGCUAGGUGGGGUUCACAAGCGGACUGUGGAGGGCAUCGAGCUCAGAGGGGACAUCAACGUGUGCGUGGUGGGCGACCCAUCGACCGCGAAAUCGCAGUUUCUCAAGUGGGUGACCGGGUUUUCUCCCAGAGCCGUGUACACUUCCGGUAAAGCGUCCACUGCAGCUGGUCUAACAGCCUCAGUUGUGAAGGAUGAGGAGUCCGGCGAGUUCACCAUCGAGGCCGGGGCCCUCAUGCUCGCAGAUAACGGCAUUUGCUGCAUCGAUGAAUUCGACAAGAUGGAUAUUUCCGACCAGGUCGCAAUUCACGAGGCCAUGGAGCAACAGACCAUUUCGAUAGCCAAAGCCGGCAUCCACGCAACACUCAAUGCCCGGACGUCGAUCCUCGCUGCAGCCAACCCGAUCGGCGGCCGGUAUAAUGCCAAAAGAAGCCUCCGGAGCAAUCUUGCGAUGAGUGCACCGAUCAUGUCGCGUUUCGACCUGUUUUUCGUCAUUUUGGACGAGUGCAACGAGAAAAUCGACACCCAGCUCGCCAGCCACAUCGUUAACAUCCACAUGCUCCGGGACGACGCCGUCGACGCGCCGUUCUCCACCGACCAGCUCCUCCGCUACAUCCGGUAUGCCCGCACUUUCAAGCCUAAGAUGACUGCCGAGGCCAGGGACUACCUUGUGCAAAAAUACAAGGAACUCCGGGCCGACGACUCCCAGGGCUUUGGCCGAACAAGCUACCGGAUCACCGUUCGGCAGCUCGAGUCGAUGAUCCGUCUUUCCGAGGCCAUAGCCCGGGCCAACUGCACGGAAGAUAUCACUCCUCGUUUUGUUGCCGAGGCGUAUGAUCUUUUGCGGCAGUCGAUCAUCCGGGUGGAGAAGGAUGAUGUUGAUCUUGGGAUGGGGGAUGAGGAGGGUGAGGAUGAGAAUGAGGGUGAGGAUGAGAAUGAGGGUGAGAAUGAGAAUGAGGGUGAGAAUGAGGGUGAAAAUGAGAAUGAGGGUGAAAAUGAGAAUGACAAUGAGAAGGACCAUCAAAGAAAGAACGCAAACAAUCACAGACAUCCUAAGAACAAAUUCCUCAUCCCGUACGACAAGUACAUCCGCAUGAUGAACAUGUUCGUCAGGCGAAUCGGAUCCUCCAAGAACUCAUCCGAAGACCCUCAGGGCUACACCGGUUCUGAACUUGUCGACUGGUAUCUUUUCCAGAUCGAGUCCGAGAUCAACUCGGAGCGUGAGUACUGGGCCGAGAGCAAGAUCGCGUACAAGGUGCUUAGCCGGUUGGUUAAGGACCGCAUUUUGAUGAGAGUCAACCCCGAAUCGGUCGACACUCUAGACGAUAUACCGCCGGAAUUCAACAUAGAUGAUGAUAUGCCGGCCAAAGAGCGCAAGGAGAAACUUGAGGGGCUCGCCAAGUGGAGGAAAAAGAGAGAGAUCGAGAAAAAGAUCAGGAUGAUCUACAUCCUACAUCCAAACUGUGCCAUUGUCGACUUCUUGGACCAGGGAACCCAGGAUGAGGAGGCAGAGCACAAUGAGAGCUGA